AUGAACCGCUUCGUGGCCGGGCCGGACUUCUACAACUACGACAUGUACGGCGGCCUGCGGCCGGGCGGCGUGGUGCAGCUCUUCUCGCUCGAGUUCAUCGGCCUCGUGGCCGCCACGUUCACGUCCUCGUUCGUCUACAUCGGCGCGCGCUACGGGCUGCUGCCUAUGGUGAGCAGCCAGCUGCAGCUCUCGGAGACGCAGAAGGAGGCCAUGGACCGCCUCGUGGAGGUGCCCGCGGCGCUGGCCUUCUUCGUGGGGCUCUACGCCGACGCGGUGCCCGUGUGGGGCUCGCGCCGCAAGUCGUACAUGGUCCUGGGCAUGCUGCUGAGUCUGCUGUGCCUGGCCGUGAUUGGCCUGGGAUGCCUCUUCGCCGCGGACAUCCGAGAGACCAUCGGCAGCAGCUUCAGCUACAUCAUGAUGCUGGUCAUGGGCGGCGUGAGCUUCGGCUCCAUGAUCAACUUCUGCUCGGUGCACACGGCGGUCGUGACGCUCUCGCAGCGGGAAAGCCUGGAGCGGAGAGGCGUCUUCCAGGCCGACUACUUGGUGGUGAGGGCCACGGGGCAGAUCUCGGCCAGGCUGCUGGUCUACCUGAUCCAGAACGUCAUCGAGGUGCACGAGAUCGCUCUGAUCUUGCUGGUGUUGAUGCCGUUGUCGGUCAUAACGAUCGUCGUGGUCAUCGGAGGACUCGACGAAGCGCCCGCGUACCGGAAGGAGAGCCUGAGGUGCAAGUGCGAGAGCUACUGGAAGCUGACCAAGCAGAAGGCAGUGUGGCGCAUCCUGGCGAUCGUCGCGAGUUUCGCCUUCUUCCUGAACUUCGGCUUCCCGCUAGUGACAAAUGCGCUGCAGCAGUGGACAGACACAACGGACAGCGCGUCCGCGCUGCUGAGCAGCAGCUUGAACGACUUGGUGAUGAUCCUGACCGUACUAAUGUGGAGGUGGAGGUUGCGCAACAUGUUGUGGAAGCGGUUCUUCCCCCUGGCCCCGACAAUGACGAUCGCGCCCCAGUUCGUGAUGGGCGUGCUAGUGAUCCCGGCGUUGUACCGAGCUCCAGUCGUGUACAUCGUGCUGACUGGAGUGGCUGGCGUGUCGACGGGCGUCAUGGCACUCGUGCUGCUGGUGCCCGUGACCGAGAUCAUCGAGGAAGGCUCGGAAGGCGGCGUGGUCGGCCUCGCGCUGUCGUUCAACACCAUCUUCAAGGUCUUCGUGAGCACGCUGCUCACGACCAUCCAGCGCGCCUCGUACUUCCCGUCCAGCGACGACGCCGACACGGACGCGACCCGCUACCGUUGGUCCAUCGCUAUCCUGGUGGCCGUCACAUGCGUCGUGAACGGCCUGGCCUUCGCCGUGAUCCCCCUCCUGCCGCUGCAGAAGCUCGACGCGCAGCUCGUGCGCAUGUACGGAGGCUUCACCGACCACGCCGGCGCGCUCACCGCCGCCGCCUUCCUCACGUCGCUCGCCUACUGCGUCGCGUACAACAUCUACAUCUUCAGCGAGGCCAUCCACUGA